AUGAAGAGAAUAACAAGCGUAACAGGUAUUACAAAGCAGUUGAUUGGAUAUAGAACAUCACAAUCAACACUUGGUGUUGUGUCAAUGUCUUCAUCGUCAUUGAUUGGUGUAUCGUCAAAGAAGACUCCAAAUGUUAGAUAUUACUCUGCAACAGAGACAUCCCCAUCGUCUACACAAUCAACAAGAUUACAUAACAAUAAGAAGGUGUUGUUUGACGAUGACAAGUUCUAUCAUGAGGAAAAGUACACAGGCAUCUCCAAGGAGCCAUUCUCUGAGGACAUUGCCAAGAUACUGUUGACCGACCUCAACACUGACGACAUUGAGAUCAAGCCCGAUGGAUUGCUCUACCUGCCCGAGAUCAAGUACCGUCGCAUCCUCAACCAGGCCUUUGGUCCAGGUGGUUGGGCCCUCAAGCCUUUCGGCCCACCCAUCGUCGAGAAUGGCUCACUGAUCAGACCGUACGCACUCUACUGUCUGGGUCGCUACGUGUCCGAGUCGAUUGGCGAGCAGCCCUACUCAGAGCAGGGCUACAUCUCCUUUGCCACGGCCACCGAGGCAGCCAAGUCCAACGCGUUGGUCCGCUGCUGCAAGGACCUUGGCAUUGGCUCGUCGCUGUGGGACCCCAACUUUAUUCGCGAGUGGAAACAGAGGUAUGCUCUGGAGAAGUUCUACGAGCAUGCCAAGACCAAGGAGAGAAAGAAGCUUUGGACACUCAAGUCUGGCCCCGCCAUUGGUUACCCAUGGAAGGAGGUCUCGCCCAUUGGAGAGUCCACCUCACCCAUCCAAGAGACUAUCGCCUAUCAAGGUCAAGAGGAGAAGGAGACACCAAUAGUAUCUGCAUCAUCAACUUCAUCAACAACUUCAUCAUCAUCACAGCCAAAGGAGCAACAACAACAAGGUGAAGAAUCAGCAGAGUUGGACAUUGAUCAUUUGGUACCAUCUGUCAUGAAGAAGUACAAUGGCAAGACAUGGAGAGAGGUCAUCAACGAUCCAAAGGGACCAUCAUACAUCAAAUGGGCUGCAGGUGCAUUCACUGGCACUGUUCAGAUGCAAGCAAGAGCAAUCUCUGAUUGGAUUGAGCAGAACCAGCAACACCAACAA